AGUGGCUGGCCUUUCCCCCUCUCUAUUUAGGUAUUCCGUUCGUACGAAUCUUCGCUGCUCAGCAAUUGUUAACAGCGCUGUAAGUCGGGAAGGCUAUAGGAGGGAGUUGUGAGAAUCCUCUGUCACUGUUCCUCCAUUUUAUCAUCUGCUUUGAAGGGAGAUAGGCCUUUUGGUGAACGAGGAAGAGCUUGUUUGAGUGAUCUAGUCAAUAGUUAGGAAAAAAAUCACACACUUUCAAAAUGGCAGAACGUAUGAAACCCAUGGGAAUGGAUCGUGCACUUUCGAGCAAGGAUUCAGGUGGCGCUACCUCAAUCACCGAUAGCACAGCCCGACUCAAACACACCUCAAUGCAGCGAACAUUGUCAAGAACAGGCUCAUUGCAUCAAGACAAACGGAUGGGUGCCAAGUACGACCCCCAGGCCGAAGCCGAGGUCAGGCACUGGUUCAAACAGCUCUUGAAUGAAGACAUUGGUGAAGGUUCGAUGACUGUAGAGAAAAACCUCAAGGACGGAAUCCUUCUCAUCAAACUUUUACAGAAACUGUACGAGGGAACACCAAAUAAACCCGCGGCCUGUGAUAAAAUCAAACUUAAAUUCAACACUUCCCAAGCUCCCUUUAAGCAGAUGGAAAACAUCGAGCUGUUUUUGAAAGGCGCUAACGCCUAUGGAGUGCCCGACAACAGUCUGUUCCAGACAGUGGACCUCUACGAAGGCAGGAACAUGGCAAUGGUCAUCGCCACCAUCCUUCAAGUUGGAACUGAGGCUCAACGUUACAAUUUUAACGGCCCCACCUGUGGUUCCAAACCCGUCGAGAAGCACCAGGUUGAAUUCUCGUAUGAGCAGCUCAAGCAGUCUCACGGUGUUAUUGGUCUUCAGAGUGGCACAAAUAAAUUUGCAACCCAGAAAGGCAUGCGUAUUGGCGCUGUUCGUCAUAUUGCUGAUAUCAGGGCCGACGACUUAUCUCAAGAUGGUCAAAAUCAUAUUGGUUUACAAGCAGGAUCUAACCAAUUCGCCAGCCAAAAGGGAAUGACAGGUUUCGGCGCUGUAAGACAUAUUUCGGAUAUCAGAGCCGAUCAGUACGACAAGGAAUCGAAUGCUCAUAUCAGUCUUCAAUCAGGAACUAACAAGUUCGAUUCCCAGAAAGGAAUGCGUGGUGGAUUUGGAGCUGUACGUCAUAUCUCAGAUAUCAGAGCAGACCAGUAUUCCGAGGACAGCAAGAGUCAUAUUAGUUUACAAUCUGGCACUAACCAGUUUGCCUCCCAAAAAGGAAUGACCGGUUUUGGAGCAGUCCGCCAUAUUGCUGAUAUCAGGGCCGACGAUUUGGACCGCGAGGCAGCUGCCGAGGUAUCCCUGCAAUACGGCACCAACAGAUUCGACAGCCAGAAGGGAAUGACGUCAUUUGGAGCACAGCGUCACGUUUCCGAUAUUAAAGUUAACGACUUAGCUGAAGAUAUGAGACGUAAAAUGGGUUACACUCCAUCUGUACAAGACAUGCAAGAAUACCCGGAACAAGAUCAAUAGACUACUACAGGGACGGAGGAUCAACAUCGUAAAGACUUUCAAAACAUUUACAUCUGCCAUGGUUUUCAUUAAUUUCGAAACAAAGUGCCACGAAAUCAAUGGACUACUGGUUGACUAUUUAUAUUCUAGAAUAUGUUUUUUAAAAGGACAUUUAAAGAAAGGCGUCUUUUGUGAGCAGAAGUAUGGUAGCCACGCGGAACCCGAUGCGCUAAACCUUUGCUAAUGUAAAUGUUGUCAGACUGCUUUCUACGUGAUGAGAGAACAAAAAUUAAACAUAUCUCGGCCGA